AUGAUGUUCAAGUCUUUGUUUCUGCUGCUGACCUUUGUGGUCGGCAUCAUUGCCGCGGUCGAGACGCGCGCAAGCCAAGUCAAGCUGCUCAACUACGACUACACCAACAGCAUCCUCUCCGGAUCCAUCACCGUGCAAAAUAUUGCCUAUGAAAAGGUCGUCAGUGUCUUUUGGGCUGCUGGCAACAACUGGCAAAGUUCGCCCAUCAAGGCACAAUAUGCUAGCGGCCCUGAUGGCUCUGGCUACGAAACCUGGACAUUUUCUGGAAACGCCCAGGCGGCUACCGACUUUUACAUCCAGUACCAAGUAUCUGGUCAAUCAUACUACGAUCCCGGCAAUUAUGUCAACUACCACAUUGGCGCAGCAUCUACAACCACAACUCCCGUAAAGACGACGACCACAACUCCAUCAAGCAGUUCGUCAGCGAUGCCUACAACAACGCCAUCUUCUUCUUCCAUCAAGACAACUACAACUCCAACCUCUUCCUCUUCCACAACUACCCGCCCACCACCAGUAUCCGUCCCAGACUCUGGCCCCGUCAAGCCAUCCGCCAUCCCGCCAUUCUACUCCGCCCCUGUUCCCUCCGAAGCACCAGCAUCACCACCCUCCGGCUGCGGAAACUACAACGGCAAAGACUCCUGCGCCUCCGGAUCAACCUACACGGUCCCCGAUGGCGCUGAGAACCGCCGCUGGCAGACUCCCCCCAAAGGAGACCCCACCUACAUCGACAGCUUCCAGUCUUAUCGCUCCCUCACGGGCUACGCCGACAUCCAGUACUCUUCUGCCCGCCAAUACGCUGCCGUCGUAGUCAACUGCCUUUCACGCGCCGGCGAAUCUCUCACAUACGAGUUCAACGGCGCCAACCAGACCAGCAAUGUCUACCAAGCCAACGCCAAGUCCAACAGUGGCGGUCUCAAGAUCACAGUGUACGGAUCAUCAGGAUCGACUCUCGUCCUUGACCCUCUCUACUUCAUCUGGGAAGCACCCGCCAUCACCAGCCACUCUGACGGGCAAAAAGGCGCCAUUGUCGAACUGUUCGGCUGGCCAUACGACGAUAUUGCACAAGAAUGCACAUUCCUUUCCAAAGCAGGAUACAUGGGUCUCAAAAUCUGGCCGCCUCAGGAGCACGUCUUUGGAUCGUUUUACUAUGAACCUGAUGGCCAGUUCCGGCCGUGGUAUUUCGCCUAUCAGCCCGUUUCGUACCGUCUCCAGUCUCGUCUUGGCUCGCGCGAGCAGUUGCGGAGUAUGAUCCAGACGUGCAGAAAACAGGGCGUCCGUGUAUACUUUGAUGCCGUCAUCAACCACAUGACUGGCAACGGCUAUGAUAUCCAGAACCACCGCAACGGCGACUGCUCGCUGUAUAGCGGGCAUAAUGCAUCUACAGGAUCGCCGUACUUUACUUGGGGCCAGACCUUCCUCAUCAACCCCUUCACCAACACUCGACCAACACUGGAAUACCCAGCUGUGCCUUAUGGUCCUACAGAUUUCCACUGUGAACGAUCUCUUUCAUCAUGGACUGACGGCCAAACAAUCACCAAGGGCUGGCUGGUUGGCCUGACAGAUCUCAACUCGGAGAAGCCAUACGUGCAGGACCGUAUCGCGACAUAUCUCGUAGACGUCAUGUCCCUGGGUGCCUCUGGCUUCCGUGUCGACGCCGCCAAACACAUUGGCCCAGCCAUGAUGGCCCAGAUUUACGCCCGCGUUGCUCAGAAACUCGGCGGCUCGUUCCCAUCUGAUUUCAUCACAUGGAACGAAGUCAUUCUUGGUGGUGAAAAGGAUCUCUUGGCCUGCAGUGGUGGUGAAUGGUCCUGGUAUACCAACUUCAACUCGGUGCUCUCUGGCGCAGGCUUGUCCGAUGACGACAUCAGCAAGAUCAAGAUUUGGAGCUCCGACUAUCCCAAGGAAUUCCCAGCCUGCGGAUCUUGGGUCAUCCCUGCUUCGCGAUUUGUCAUUCAAAACGACGACCACGACCAGCAGAACCCAGGCUCAUCUUCGCGCGAUAUGGCAGACAAGGGCAGCGUUCUCGUCAAGGAUAAGGAUGUAGCCAAGCACCGAAAGUUUGAAGUCCAGCUUUUCGAUCGCACAGAUGCGGAUUGGAGCAUCAAGGCUGUCCUGAGUAGCUACAUGUUUGCUGCAAAUGGCGGUGCUGGAUUCCCCGACGGCCUCAGCGACUGUAAGCUUUACACUGGCACCCAGAGCAAGAACGCAUGCUUGGGUAUGGAGUACGACAAGGCCUUUGUUGCAAACGCGUGCGGUUAUGGUGGAGGUGCACUCACUGCAGGCAAGUAUACUCGCGUUCAUCGCGAUGUGUCCAUUGUGAAUGCCAUGAGACGAUGGGUUGGUCUGGCCGAGACGACUUCCGAUGCUUUGGGCAUUCCUGGCUGUGCUUAGUAUCAUUAUUUUAGCAAUAGCACAUGAUGAUCAAAUUUGUCAAUAAAAAUCAAAUUACAAAUUAUUUACGUAGCUACCAAGUUAUAUGUACUUAGAAUUGGGCCUUGUAGCGGGCCGAAGGAGUGUUGUAGGUGCUGUUGGCGGGCAAAGUGCCGUUGAUGCCAACAGUCGAGUUGGAGAAGCCAACAUAGUGACCCAAGCUGGGAGGAAGAUCCUUGACAGAAGUACCCCAUUUGCUUUCCUUGGGACCAAGCGUAAGGACGAGCUCCUUGCCCUCGGUGAAGAAGGAGUGGUCGAUCCAGUUCUUGGUGUAGGGCUUGCCGUCGAGGGUGGCGCUCUGGAUGUAGAUGUUCUUGUAGGUGGCGUCAAAGUUGACGUUGCGGAUCUUAGCAGUCUUGCCAGUGACGGGGCUCUGGAUCUGGACGCUCUCAAAGUAGGGAGGAGUGAUAAGGUACACGUCCUGGCCAGGGUUGGGGAAGAGACCCAUCAUGCUGAACGCGACAAAGGAGCCCAUGGCACCAGAGUCGUCGUUACCGGGAAGACCAGCAGGGGUAGGGUUGAAGAACUUGGGGAUGUAGAAGUGGCUUCUGGCAGCAGACAGAGCAGGGCGACCAGCGUAGUGGUACUGGAAGACAGUCAGGAAAGCAGGCUCGUUGCCAAUGUAGGUGAUGCCCUUGUCGUGCAGGUAGUCGAGACGGCGAACAAAUUCGGCAGGGCCGCCAAAGAGGGUAAUCAGAUCGGCCUGGUUGUGGGGGACGAAGAAGGCGUACUCCCAGAUGCUGGACUCGAAUGUCUCGGGACCGCUGUUCUGGAGCGAGCACACGCUCUGGUCGUCAGUGUUGCUGCACUUGAGAGGGUCCUGGUAGCCCCAGGUCUGGUUCAGGUACUUGGGCUGGAAGAAGCCCUUGAAGCCAGUGUCGGUACCGUUCUUGUAAAGCGACUUUUGGUCAGCCUUGAAGAGGUUUUGCCAGUAUCCACUGGUUUCAAGAUACUUUUCCUUGUCGGCGUUCUUGCCCAUGGCACCAGCAAGCUGGGCAAUGCAGAAGUCGUUGUAGGCGUAUUCGAGCGUGCGGCUGAUGGUGCGGGUAAGUGUGCCAAAGCCCUUGUAGUCAAAGUCCUGGACGGGGAUGUAGUUGACCUUGUUCCAGGAGUCGAGACCACCACGGCCAUGGCAGCACCAAUCGAAAGGCUCA